AGACGCCGGGUGUUGAUAACAUACAGACUGUGAAGUCGUAAGCUGAGCCUGGUCACAUUGCCCUUGCGAUAUAGUUUUAUUUUUAACUUUGAAACACUUGAACUAUGUCAGUUGAUGUUUUCUGCCUUUCGCUUGCCUUUCCAGCAGAACUGGGUCCUCCGCUGCAGCGGGCACACCGGCAGCCACCCCUAGACCUGCUUGCUCGCUGUCAAAGCGCGGGUAGCUGCAGAUGCUGAGUCAGCUUGUACCAUUAAGACUUAAGAAGCCAGAAGUUGGGAAGACAUGGGCCGGGCACGCAGGCCUCAGCCUGCUCAGCACAGGCACUGUGAGGGAUGUGUCAACCGCCACUGCCACGUCCCGGUGGAGCCCAGCGUCUCCUGCCUGGUGAUAAGCUGCCGCCUGCUCUGUGGUGCUACCUUCCACAUGUGCAAGGAGGCCGAGCAUGCGCUCCUCUGCCCUCUAGAGCAGGUCCCCUGCCUCAACUCCCAGUACGGCUGCCCGCUGUCCAUGGCGCGCCACAGACUGGCCAAGCACCUGCAGGCGUGCCCAGCCAGCGUGGUCUGCUGCUCCAUGGAAUGGAACCGCUGGCCAAACGUGGACUCGGAGACAGUCCUUCACGAGAACAUCAUGAAAGAGACCCCCAGCGAGGAGUGUCUGGACACAGCCCUGGCCCUCCGGGACCAGAAGGUCCUCUUCAGAUCCUUGAAGAUGGUGGAUCUUUUCCCAGAAACCAGAGACGCCACCGAGGAGGAGCCGGCCGUGAACGGUGACACCAGCUGGGAGGAGACUGGGGGCGCGGUGGGGGGAGUGGAUGGCAGGCCGGGACCACACCGUGGCCUGCCGGCCACCGACGGGCAAGCGAUGGAGCUCAGUCAGGAGGAGCGAGCCGCCUUGGCGAAAACCAAAGAAGGGAUGGACCUGGCGAGGUUCGGCGAGUGGGAAAGCAUGUUCAGCAAGGAGCAUGCGGCCUCCGUUUUAACAGGCUCCUCGGCCGAGAGUGAAGACAGGAGCGGGAAGGCGGCUGGGAAGGGCCAGGGUCCCGGUGAUGGUGGUGGUGGCGCAGGGCACGCCGAGGGCUCUGCGGAAGGGAGAGGACCGCAGGAAAGCCAGAAGCCCCGGGAUCUUCCCGCCGCCAUGGAGAUGACAGGCCUGGCCCCCUGGCAAGACGGUGUCCUGGAAAGGCUGAAAACAGCCGUGGAUGCCAAGGACUAUAACAUGUACCUGGUGCACAACGGGCGGAUGCUCAUCCACUUCGGCCAGAUGCCCGCUUGUACCCCCAAGGAGCGAGACUUCGUUUACGGCAACCUCGAGGCCCAAGAGGUGAAGACGGUUUAUACCUUCAAAAUCCCCGUGAGCUACUGCGGGAAGCGAGCUCGCCUGGGAGACGCCAUGCUGAGGUGCAGACCAAGCGAACACAAGGCCGUGGACACUUCCGAUCUGGGCAUCUCGGUGGAGGACCUGCCCAAGUCCGAUCUCAUCAAGACCACCCUCCAGUGCGCUUUGGAAAGGGAACUCAAGGGCCACGUCAUCUCCGAAUCCAGGAGCAUCGAUGGACUGUUUAUGGACCUUGCCACCCAAACAUACAACUUCGAGCCGGAGCAGUUUUCCUCGGACACGGUGUUGGCCGACCUCCUAGGUGCUGCCCAACCCGGGGGCCUGCACGUCGAGCUCCACAGCGAGUGUGUGACCCGAAGACACAAUAAAAGCAGCUCAGCUUUCACUUUCACCUGCAACAAAUUCUUCCGCAGGGAUGAGUUUCCCCUGCACUUCAAGAACGUCCACACAGACAUUCAGUCGUGUCUCAACGGCUGGUUCCAGCAUCGAUGCCCGCUGGCCUACUUGGGGUGCACGUUUGUUCAGAACCACUUCCGCCCCCCUGGGCAAAAAGCAAAAGUGAUCUACAGUCAGGAGCUGAAGACCUUUGCCAUCAAGCCAGAGGUUGCGCCGGAGCUGAGUGAGGGACGGAAGAGCGACCAUCUCCCCGGCCGCGGUGGGAAAAGCCUGCAUUCUCUAACCAGCCUGCCCCUGGAGGUUUUACAAUAUAUUGCUGGGUUUCUGGACAGCAUCAGCCUGUCGCAGCUGUCCCAGGUGUCUGUACUGAUGAGGAACAUCUGUGCCACUUUGUUGCAAGAGAGAGGAAUGGUCCUCUUGCAAUGGAAGAAGAAGAGGUACUCUCAUGGAGGCACCUCCUGGAAAGUCCACAGUCAGAUCUGGCAGUUCAGCAGCCUCUUCUCCAGAAUCAAGAGCUGGGAGUUUAACGAGGUCACCUCCAUGUCUGAACACCUGAAAGCCUGUCCUUUCAACAUUGUGGAGCACAAGACUGACCCCAUCCGUUUGACCAGCAUGUGCCAGCCCCAAGAACAGGCCCAGAAGAGCUUAGUGUCCACGUUUAGGGCCCGACCACGGGGCAGACACACCUAAAGAUUUGCACACCAUGGCUCCUGGCUUCUCAGAGUUAUUGAAAGUAGGACAGUAUGGUUUCAGGAUGCCGCUCUGAAACCUGCGUAUCUGCUUCACUGGGUCUAAAGAAUGUGAAGUCCUUCAGGCCUUACCAACUACACUAGGAGAGUAGUUUUCUGAGCUAUGGCUUGUAUGAUAGUGACACACACAAACAAACACACACACUCACUAUAUCCUUAUCUUAUUCCUUUCUUAUUUUCAUUUCCUAAAAUAGAUCAGACUGGGGAGAAAAUAAGUAACUGAAAGCCAUUCAAUAAAUGAACCCAAAUCCUUAAUUCUGUAAGCAGCUUAGACUGUGAUUCUACAUUGAGCUGUCCAGUUCAUAAACCACCUUCAAGUUCUUGGAGUAGACAAUACAAGGACACGGUCUGAGGUGCAGUGUUCUCCCAAGGUGUCUUGAGUAGAGGGAACAUAGCUGGAAGGUUCUAAAGCUUUGUCUGUCUUGACAACUGAGGGCUUUUAAAAUCACCCUACUGUAUCAAAGCCCAGAUGGUUUCAGUGCAACCCAACAGAAUGGACCACACUGGGUAAACCCAGCAGUUUCAAGGCAACCCAACAGGAUAGACCACACUGGGUAAGCCCAGCCGUUUCAAGGACACCACAGGACAAAGCAGAAUAGCUUGUUGUACAAAGUUUUGGCAACACACAGAAAGAACAUCUUUCGAAUGAAGAAAAGGCCAAAGGUCUCUAAGAGCAAAGUAGCUCCCAGCUGAGAGCCACUGUCGUAAAGGAUGGUACACCAGCAAUGGUAAGUUAGGAUGCACGCACUCUUUAAUGUGACAAAUCUGAUCUCACACAGUUACUCGGUGGCCAUAAUUCAACGCAGCUCUUACUUGUUUGCUAAAUAAGUUUUAAACAUGUGAUGAUGCUAAAUUGAGAGCCAGAUGGAGCUGAUCUACCCAAUAUGGUUUUGUGUCCCUGGGCCACAGUGUAAUAUGUCCUCCCUGCCCUCUUUAGGGAAACGUGAAACCAGGAACGUAACUUAUCUGAGGUUAAGCUUCCCUUCCCUCAGUUGGUACCAUUUUCCAGCAAUCCUAAAAGUUCUCAAGCUAAAGGAAAGCAAGGAAAGGGGAAGGCAAGCAUCCUAGGGAAUCAGACAGCCAAUAAUUCAAAUGAUGAAAGAGCCUCGCCAGUAAGAGAGCUGGUGUCUGGGCAUCUGUGUCUUGACCAUGGUUCAGAGCUGAUAUAGAUGAAGAAACUGAUGCAGAUGAAGAAGAUGGUAUAUAUGAAGAAGCUGAUAGAGAUAAAGAAGCUGGUGCCUUUGCAAAGGGUCCGGAAGGCAGCAGAGCAAGUCCAUACUGAAAGUGUGCUCAUUCUCUGCUUUACUCUUCUCAUGCUAUUGUUAGCACAACGCUAUUAUCUAUGCCUACUCUUUAGAGUUUCA